AUGGAUAUUUAAAAGUUGAUUAACUUAAUUUUGAAUACUGCCAACUCACAAUUGGGAAAACAAGAUUUUGAAUUAGUAUAAUAGGUCCUAAAUUUGACCAAUUAGGAAUUUGAAGAUAAGAUUAUCAAAUUAAAAGGAACAGGGUGUAAAAGUGUUUGUUCUGCUCCUCUUCCUAAAAAUGCUUUGUUUUACAAAUGUUUUGAUUGUAGCAAAGAGCCUACUCAUGUGUAUUGCUAAGAAUGCUACACUCCACAAAGACAUUAGAGUAUUUUUAUUAAUUUACAUAAGAUCAUGUUGUGACAUAUCAUUACUCAAAUGGAGGAUGUUGUGAUUGUGGAGAUACAUUGGUUAUGAAGAAGAGGUCCUUUUGCAAUAAACAUUCUUAAUCACAAAUAGAAACACCAAUCCCUGAAUAAUUAUUUGGAGGUACUAAAUUAUUUAAUCUAUAUAGAAAACUUGGUAGAGAGAUUUAGAUAUUUUAUUAUGGUGUCAUUUGCACUGUUGUUUGAACAGACUUAAAAAAUUGCUGAUUAUAACAAUAAAACGAUGUCUUAGAUCUAGGAUGCCAUUUAAAUAUUAAAAAUCGAAAAUUCUGUCAAUAUUAUAAAUGAGAAUUUGCCUGAGUUCUUCUAACAUGAAAAAGCACUCAAAGAAGGAUAAAAAUUGUAUACACUUAUUUUCAAAGUCCUUAAAUUUGUAACUUAAAAUAACAUCCCCUGGAGUUAUACAACAAGCAAAUUUCUUUAAAUCCCUAUUGAUGAAAAGAUUUAAAAAUUCAUAAAACUAUAUCAUGCCCAUUCCAAGGAUCCAUUUGCAAGCUUUAAAUUAGAAAAGCAAUAAUAAUUCUGCUAAUGUACUAUCUUAAAUUUAUUUGUCAAACAUAAUGUGUUUUUUUCACGAUUUCUUCAUGAUGAAACAAAUUACAUUUCAGAGUUAUUUUAUGAAUUACAUG